AUGCCACUCACAAGGCUCCCCUUAAUUUCCAAACCCCGCUCGAUAGCCUGCAUCGGCCGCAAUUUUGCGGAUCACAUAAAGGAGCUCAGCAAUGAGCGUCCAAAGGAACCAUUCUACUUCCUCAAGCCAGCAACGAGCAUCCUGCAUCCGGGGCAGGGGCCGAUCCUUGCUCCGCGCGGGGCGGAUCUUCACUACGAAGUCGAGCUGGCGGUGAUAAUUGGGAGAACAGCUGACGAGGUUCAGCCCCUGGAGGCAUUGGAUGCUGUCAAGGGGUAUUGUGUGGGGAUAGAUAUGACUGCCCGGAAUUGGCAACAAGCAGCACGUGGAAAAGGUCUUCCAUGGUCACUAUCCAAGGGCUUCAAGACCUUCCUGCCGGUAUCACACUUCAUUCCUAAGAAUAAGAUCCCGGAUCCGCACAAUGUUCGUUUGCAUUUGGAGGUUAAUGGGAAGAUCCAGCAGGAUGAUAAUACGGGUCUGAUGCUAUUUAAUAUUCCGAAAAUUCUGCAGCAUGUUAGUGGGGUAUUUGCACUCGAGGAGGAUGACCUUGUGCUUACGGGAACACCGAAAGGAGUGGGAAAUGUUGUGCCUGGAGACGUUAUUACUGCGGGGGUUAGUGUUGAUGGAGUUGAGCUUGAGGAUGGGAGGAUUGAAGUUAAAGUUGAGGAGAGGGUUGGGGGGUAUUCUAGGCUAUGA